AAUAAAUAAAUUUAAAAAAAGAUUAAAAGAUGGGUUCUUGUUGCUCAACUGACGAAGACAAAGGAAAUAUAGACAUCAGCAGAAAAAAUCAAGAAAAGAAGAAGCCAACAAAUGUUGCAGGAACUGUUGAUAAUAACCCAAAACCUCAACCAACUACAUUUAAAGAAGAGACAAGGCAAGAAGACAUUACUAAUUACGCCAAUGAUAAGGUCAAGCAGAUCAGGAGAGAGCACGGAGAUUUCCAUUACAACCAGGCCGUCCAGUCUGGCCUCGAAGAUAGACCUCUCGUCACUCUCGACUCCGGAGCCAAGUAUGUCGGCCAGUGGAACAAAGAGAAAAAUACCAGACAAGGCAAGGGAAUCCAGGUCUGGGCAGACGGCUCCAUGUACGAAGGAUACUGGAACGACGACAAAGCCAAUGGCCAAGGCAGACUCAUCCAUGCUGAUGGAGAUGUCUACGAAGGAGAGUGGCUAGACGACAAGGCUCAUGGCAAAGGAGUCUACAGACAUACCGACGGCGCUAAAUACGACGGAGAGUGGCAAGAAGAUAAACAGCAUGGACAUGGAAUCGAGACUUGGCCAGAUGGAGCCAAGUACGAAGGAGAGUACCAGGACGGAAAGAAAGAUGGAGCAGGAACUUUCUUCUGGGCAGACAAGUCUAAGUACACUGGCCAAUUCUGCGAUAAUAACAUCCAUGGAGAAGGAACCUACGAGUGGGCCGAUGGAAGGAAGUAUGAUGGACAAUGGGCAAAUAAUAAAAUGCAUGGAAGUGGAACUUUCACCUGGAAAGAUGGAAGACAAUAUGAAGGUGAGUACAAAGACGACAAGAAGCAGGGACACGGCACCUUCACCUGGCCAGACGGCAGAAAGUACGUCGGAGAGUGGCACCUAGGUAAACAACACGGAAUCGGAAUCUAUACCACCUCCAAAGGAGAAGAGAAAAAGGGAGAGUGGAAAGAUGGCAAAAGAAUCAGAUGGUUAAACAAAGAAGAGUCUUAAUUCAGUCAUAACACUUCUAAUCGCUCA